GUAGGACUCGUCUAAAUGUAAACAUGAAGAAAUAAUCCCAUAAAUUAAACGCACGUGUUAAAGGAAUAAAAAUGUCGGACAUUUUCACUGAAGAACAACUAGAAGAGUAUAAGGAGACGUUCAGCCUGUUUGACAAGGAGGGGGACGGGACGAUCGCUACCAACGAGUUGGGCACGGUUCUAAGGGCCCUCGGGCAGCAUCCGACCGAGGCAGACCUCAGUGACCUCAUUAGCACACUAGAAGUCGAGGGUCACGCAACGGUCGAAUUCCCGGCAUUCCUUAACAUCCUGGCGAAAAUAAUUAAAGACACGGACCCUGAGACAGAGCUCACAGAAGCUUUUAAACUUUUUGACAAGGAGAACACGGGGAAUAUCAGUAACGCGGACUUGCGUCGCAUCAUGACCACGUACGGCGAGGUGCUGAACGACGAGGAGGUUGAGGAGAUGAUCAAGGAGGCGGACACCGACGGCGACGGCAUCGUCGACUAUGCAGAGUUCAUCUCUAUGGUUAUACAGCCUUAGAAGCGCAGCAAUUCAACAUUAUGUACAUAUUUUACGUGUAACAUUUAUACAUGUGGUAUAAAAUAUUUUAAGGAAUGAAUUGCGGGGUUGAUGUCAUUAUCGGGGUAUGAACGCAAUUGGACUGGUCAAAGUGUGUGGAGUCCGAAAUACUUAAUUUCAUUUAAGAAAACCUUUCAGUAAUCGUUUCUAACCCAUUCGGUAAAUAGAACGACCCGACUGUAACCUGAAACAAAUUUUUUCAAAUGACGUCACAAUAACGCGGGAAAAGAUCAACCACUUGAAAAUAUUUUUAAACGUACAUUGAAACACUUAUGGCAACAAUACAUUUAAAAUAUAAUAA